CAUAAGCCUUAUAGAUUUAAGGCAACCCCCACACAAUGCAAUAUACGCAUGCUGAUAAAUAACCAUGGUUUCAACAAGAAGUGGAAGUUCCGUCAAAAAGUCGCCCAAGUCUCCGACCCUCGAGCCCCGUCAUUCCACACGGAGACACAAACUAAUAGAAGACGACUCAAAUGAUGACGAAUCAGACUUUCUUUCCUUAAAAUCAUCAAAAAAAGAGUUUCUCUCUGUUGAGUUUUCACACGAUACACCCAAGUCUCUCUACAAUGACAGUCCUGUGCUUAAACGACCAUCUCGACGCAGAGAACCAUCAAGACACCUGAAUGAUGAAGAGGAGUAUUUAUCCAAAGUUGAAAGACAGAAAAGGAAUCACACCAGGUCUUUGUUCUCCCUCGGUCUUGAAGAUGAAGGAAGCUCUUGUGAGGAAGAUGGGAUUGGGUCUCUCGCUGCAUCAUCAAGAGCACGAACAUCUUCCAGGGAUAAAAAUUUCCCGAACAUGUUGCUACGACGAGGAAUUAACGGCGAAAAUCAAGUUGAUAGAAACGAGAUAAAAUAUCGUGAACGUGCACGCAGCCAAAGUAAGGAACACGUUAACCCUGAAUUGCGGAGUUUAUUAAAAGCACAAGGAAAAGACCCGGCAAGUGCUUUGAAUUCGAGCCAACCCGAUAUUUACAGUUCGAUAAAAUCUCGCCAUCGUCUACGUCGGCCCCGUGUUUUUUACGGAGAUUACGAGUUUGCUACUUCUUCCUCCCAGUCGAGGUUGGAGGAUGAUCCAAAUACCUCCACGGAGGUUGGGGAUCUGGGAAGUGAUCCCAAAGAGCAAGACCUUCAUCAAAAUGAUGUUGUUGAAGACGAAGACGACUUGGACGACGACAACGAAGUCCCGUAUCGAAGAUAUUCCUUGAGAACAAAGAGAGCACAACCUCACAGGCUUAAUUACGAAUUGAUCCGACAGCCUCGGAGAAACCAACGUACAAUGUUCGACCAACUUCCAAGGUCUCCAGUGAGGAGGAAGAGAGUUUUCAACCAAGAUCAACAUAAUCCAACAUCACCGUAUCAGAGCAGACACAGGAGGACUAAUUCUCAGGGAGCAUCAAGCAGCGGUUCAACUUCGGCUUCCGAUGACGAGAAGAAGUUUGAACGAAGAAAGAAAAGGAGCAUGGCCAAAGCUAGGAACAAGUGCCUUCCCAUGAACUUUUCCUCCAGUGAGCUUGCUACGCAUGGGUUUGCGAGGGAACGAGAAAAAAUCGGAUCCUCGCUCGCUGAUGUGGAUCCAAUGUCUCUCGAUAAAUCAGUUAAGUUCUCGUCGAUUGGCGGCCAUAAACAUCAUAUAAGGUCGCUGAAAGAGAUGAUCGUCUUCCCGUUAAUUUAUCCGGAAGUGUUCACCAAGUUCAGCAUUGCCCCACCAAGAGGUUGUUUAUUCUAUGGACCACCGGGCACAGGGAAGACACUGAUGGCACGAGCGCUUGCAAAUGAAUGCUCAACUGAUGACAAGAAAGUUGCUUUCUUUAUGAGAAAGGGUGCGGACUGCUUGAGUAAAUGGGUGGGCGAGUCAGAACGACAACUAAGGCUGUUGUUUGACCAAGCCUACCAGAUGAGACCUUCCAUCAUUUUCUUUGAUGAGAUAGAUGGUUUGGCCCCGGUAAGAUCAUCGAGACAAGAUCAAAUCCAUUCCUCCAUCGUGUCCACUCUACUUGCCCUCAUGGAUGGUUUGGAUAGUCGCGGUGAAAUUGUUGUUAUCGGCGCUACAAACCGAAUCGAUUCCAUCGACCCUGCAUUGCGACGACCGGGAAGAUUUGAUCGUGAAUUUCUUUUUCCCCUCCCGGAUAAAAAGUCCCGCCACGAUAUAUUGAAGAUACACACGAGUAAAUGGGAUCCUCCUUUGUCUUCCAACUUUAUUGAGACAAUCGCUGAGAAAACUGUUGGUUAUUGUGGAGCUGACCUCAAAGCAUUAUGCACCGAAGCCACAUUAAAUGCAUUACGCAAGUCCUUCCCACAAAUAUACGCAACUAACGAUAAACUCAAGUUCGAUGUCGAUAAAAUUAAGAUCGGACCGAAUAAUUUCUACAGAGCUAUGAAGGUACGCAAGUUUUACAUUUUUAUUUUUAUUUUAUUCUCAAAACCCCAGGUGUUUUUGAAACCAGUCGAUUUGGAAGAAGUUCCGGACUAUGCGGAUGUCAUCGAAAACCCAAUGGAUAUUUCUACAAUGAUGAAUAAAAUAGACCAACAUAGAUAUCAAAACGUGGCGUUAUUCUUGCAUGACAUUGGUCUAGUGUGCAGCAAUGCGUUGGAAUAUAACCCAGACUUGUGCGCAGAAGAUAAAUCAAUUCGGCACCGUGCGUGUCUGCUGCGCGAUAUGGCGCACGCCAUCGUAGAGGAAGACCUCGAUCCCAACUUUGAGAGGAAAUGUAACGAAGUUAUUGAGGCACAAAAACGAAGGAAAGCAAACCCGAACAAGUUCGCUCCUUCGUAUUAUAAUGUAUUGCCCAAGCAGAAGAGGAUGGAAAAUAAUGAAGCCACAAUCCUCCAGGAAGCCACCGUCGUGUUAGAAGAUCACAUGAAAGCGACUCCCACUAAAUCUUCGGCUGUUAAAAAGAGGACGAGACGUAGAAAUAAGUGGGCGUGCGGGAUGCUGAGUAAAAAGAAAAGACCAAAGCUCGACAUGCAUGUGAGGGACGACCCGGAAACGAACGGGGUCAUCAGCACGGAAGACGAGGAAAGCAACGAUGUGUCCUCCUCCAAGAGCAGCACAAAGAUGGAGGUGCAGAAUGGGAUAAAGAGUCGUAGUCUCUCCCCUGGGGAGGAGAAGAAUGCGGGAUCAGAAUCUUCCCCAAAGAUCAUCUCGUCGGAUGAGAAUCCUGCAAACACUGAGGAUGAAAAUCUUCCGAGCGCUAAUCAGGACGAUGGUUGGUUUUCGAGAUCGAAAAAGUUGGCAUAUGAAAAGGAUGCGGGGUCAGAAUCCUCCACAAAGAUGAUCUUCCCCGACCUCCCAACCGCCGAGGAUGAUCUGAUUGUUUGUAAGAUCAACGACGAGCAUCCUCCGGACUCCGCGUUCCACCAGAUGAUGGGGGAAGAUGAAAUGAUGGAGAACGAGGUUUCUUCCGAUGCCAACAUCGAUCUUUGUGAGGAGGAUGAGGAUAAAUCAGACACUGAAGAAGUUUCCAACAAAAUGGAAAAGGUUGACGAUCCGGAUGAAACCAGUCGUACACGAACACCGUCAUUAUGCGACGUCCCAACAAAUGAAACCUCAAGUCAACCAUUAAUUGUCGAUACUUUGAGACUUAAUCAACUGCUAGAAUACACUGUGAAGGUCACAUCAAAGUUAGACAUAGCUGAUCUAGAACGUUUGUAUUCGAUCCUUACAAGGAGUAUCUACAAACACAGACAUCAAUACGAUAAGACUCAACUGGUACAAGAUUUACAAAACGAAGUUAUUCAGUUCAUGUCAUCAGUGCCUGGUGACGCCUCAAUCAUUUCAUAGAAUGCAGAAACCGUUAUUGUGUAGAAACAUUAGUUCCUGUUCUAAAGCUGCCAUCUCCAUAGCUUUAUAAUUGAAAGUACAAUGCCUAUGUUUGCUGUUGUAGUAGGAGGGGUAAGAUGGGACACCUUAUCAUUCUGUUUCUCGUGUCAUUUGUAUAGUAAACAAAAAAAUUUAAAUAAAAAACUGUAUCUUCAGGACUCCCAUUGGCCGUUGUUAUUUGUUUAAAACACGAUCAGGGUAUUUGGAUAUUAAGAGCUAAAGGUGUCCCAUCUUUCCCUACCCUACUAUAUAGUUUGUUCUGUUGACGCUGCUUCGAAGUAGCAACAGUUGUUUUGAGGUUGUUUUCAUUGAAGGUAAUAAACCUGUUACUCUA